AGAGAGAGAGAGAGAGAGCAUUACGCACACCCUGAUCCUCUCCACACAUAACCAGUGUGGCGCACGGACCGGCGGCAGCCCUCAGAAAGUGGGAAGUUUUCGCCAAAGGAUUCUGUCCAAAAAUUAAUCACCUUCAUGUCGACUCUGUUGGAUACUAACCUGCCGAUGCUAUGGUUACCUUUAUUACGAUCUUACAGGUGAAUCUAGUGAUGUCCAUCCUGCUGUAUGUGAUGGUCCUCGUGUACCUCUAUGGUAUCCAGGCAACCAACAUGGACAGCAGUCGCCAGGGGCAACAGCAGCAGCAGCAGCAGCCAAGUCCCGACCCCUUAAACUCUCUUAUCAUCCAGCUACUUCAGGCCGACUUGACCAGGGGGAAGACCAGGGGGAACCAGAGCCAGCAGGGGAAAAGGGACACUGAGCCCCAGGACACGCUGCCUCCUCUACUCAGUGCAAACUUUCCUUUAGAGGAGCAAGGCGAUGCGGAGCAGUGGGGGAUGGGUGGUCGCAGCAUAGGGAACAGUGACGGUGUGGUCGACCAGCAGGUGAUGCUGUUGAACACGGACCUUCUCAGGCAGCAUAAGCGGUACAACUCACCUCGGGUGCUUCUGAGCGACCGGCCGCCAUUGCAACCGCCGCCGCUGUACCUCGCGGACGAUUUCGUGAGCGGUGGACUAGACGGCGGCGCGGCGGGAAACAAGACACGAAAGAAGCGUUACGCUGAGCACAAGAGCUAUCGCGGGGAAUAUUCUGUGUGCGACAGCGAGAGCCAGUGGGUGACGGAUAAAACCCAAGCAGUGGACACCAAGGGGGACCCCGUCACUGUUCUGGCCAAAAUUAAAACCAGUGCCACGCAGGACAUCAAACAGUACUUUUAUGAGACGCGCUGUCGGACCCCCAGGCCCUUCAAAGGUGGCUGCAGGGGCAUUGAUGACAAGAACUGGAACUCACAGUGCAAGACCACGCAGACAUAUGUUCGAGCACUGACGCAGGUUCGCAAUGCAGUUGGCUGGAGGUGGAUACGCAUAGACACCUCCUGCGUCUGUGCACUGUCAAGGAAACGUCAUAGGACGUAAACAAAACAACACAAGCCCUGCUGGGGACUACCUGUUUGGAAUUCUACUUCCUGUAUAGGAUUUUAUUUCCUGUUCACAGUGCUCACUACCACAGGAUUAUGUGUCAUGGUGGUGAAGAGCAACAUUCUGCUAUAAAAUGAAACUUCUACUGAAGAAAUCUUUGGGUCCAUUUAAAUGAUAUUUCAUGUGUGCUGCAAAUCCACAAGCCGGUGCAGAACCGCUGUUACGGAAGAACUCAUUUGAGAGGGGUUGGGGAGGGAGGGAGUGAGUGUGUGAGGGGGGGACUGUACAUAUAAAUUAUUUAAAUUAUAUGAAAUGCAUGUAGUUUAUACAUGUUUAUCUAUCUAUAUAUGACGUAUGAAUAUAUUUGUGUUAUUUAUUGAAAGAAGUCUUCUUCAAAAGGAAAAAAAUGUCUAUAAAAAAGGAAUGAAACAAGCUAUGAACUCAUUGUGAGACUAUAAUAUAGAGCUGGGCUGCAAAGGUGCUUCACAGUAAGACUUUACAUGUGCCUUGACCAGUGUGGCUGCAGAGCAGAGACAUAGGACAUGGUAACUCAAGACAGCAGUUGCCGCAAAUGUUUUGGAGGUGAGACUAAAAAGUGACGGAGAUGCAGGGCCCUGUCCUGUCCAAUAUGGGGCCUAAAUUCUUAGCAUUACCCCUUAAUGAGAGAUAUAUCAGAAGCUAUAAGGCCUCAUAUGACCAAAACACAGAUUUGAGUUUUGUGACCAAACACAUACAUUUACACUGCGUUCACAAUUGACCAUACUGCUAUGUUGUAACACACCAUACGUCCAUUCAUUCCUCUGGAAGACAAAAUAAAAGUUCCUUGUGUGGAAUCUGCUGGCAGUGAUUGACAGAGAUAAUCCAACUGGUUUUCCUCAGACCACCUUGACUCUGUUCACCACAUUUUACUCUCAACUGUUAUCAUGAGCUGUUUUUGUUUCUUCCUAUUAAUAAAAACCUAUAUUUCUUAAAGCUGGAAACAUUUCAUUAACAAAUACCCAUUUCGAAUUCUGAAAAAAAUGAAUAUGGUGAUAAAGAUUAGGCUACAUAAUGUAGGUGAUACCAUAGUACAUUUCCUAACAAGGCUAUUAUUAUUAUUAUUAUUAAUAUGAAUUACUUAAUAAUAUUAUAUAUUAUAUACAAUAAUAUAUAAUAUUAAUUGUAUAGCAGCAGCCAUUGCAGAAGUCCCUCACCUGUCUCUUGAGUGUAAAACUUCAAUCUCUAAAACUUUGUUACUGGCUUUGUGAGCAUUUGUUCCUGGUUUGAUGGCCUCUGCAUUAUAAAUUUACUCUGGAGAGUACAUUUAAAGAGACCCAGAUAUAACUCCCUCAGCUGAAAUUCAGACUAAACAAAGUGGAAUUGUGAGGUUUCCACACAAAAGCAGCUAAAUGAAUUCAAUCGUUAAUGUUAAAGGAUAAGUUAUAAGUUGGAAAUAUUCUAUAUUUUUCUUAUUGUCAAUAAAUCCCAUGAAAAGAAAACUAA